AGGGGGACUAGGAAAAGUAUUUUGAUGGCAGGCUGGAGAACAUCAUGAGAGUAAACAUUGGACCUGUUGACUAUCAUCUUGGCAAUAAGUGUUGGGUCCUGGCCAAAGUGCUUGGAUGCAACAUGGGGCCAAUCAAUAAAUCCAUCCCCCAUGCUUUUCCUGGCCCUGAGGUAAUCAGCUACCCAGUUCACGUCUUGAUGGGAAGCUCUGCCAUGUGAAAGGAUGACUCUCAGGUUUCUUGACAACUGGGUGACUUUUGAGAACAGAUCUGGGACAGAUCUAUUCUUGGAUUGUGGUCAGGCAUCGGCCUACUUACAUCAUAUGGAACAGAUCUCCUUUACACAAAGUGACUUGGAUAAGGAGAAGAGACCAUUAGAAGAAAAGAUGCUCUCUUCUCAUUCAAGUAAGGGCCACGCCCAGGCAAGAAUCAGGGUCCAGCUCAGAUGUGGGAAUUCCAGGAAGAGAGAAAUCCAUUCCAUGGACAGCUGCCAAGAUAGAGCAGGACACUGUCAAGGACAUGAGCCAAAAUUGUGAAAGGAUUGCUUGAUUCUGGAAAAGGAACCAAAGGCCUCUGACCCUGUACACAUCAACAAAAUGAGGAGACCCAUGAGGCCUGCUGUGGCUCACCCCCAGAGGCCCACACUGGGCACAGCAAGAGGCCCAGAUCUCAAUCUCUAGGAGACCACCCACUGCCACUUCGGAAAAGCAUGGUGACCUCUCUGCACACUCCGUCUGAAGCCAUUUAUCACAAAACAGCAGGUGUGGGACCAGCAGGUCUAUUCUUUGCUGAUCUGGGAACAGCUGUCUGAGCUCACCUGGUUCCAGAGACUUCUGUGCUGUUGUACAGACCUGUGCUGUGGCCACCCAGGUGGCCUCUGUCUUUCCCGCUGAGGGCUGGCUCAUCCCAGCCUCGCUGCCUGUUCCCUAGGAUCCAGCCCUGGAUGGAGAAGCUCAGAGCUCCUAGGAAGAAAAUGGGCCCACCCCUUCCCUGGACAGAAGAUAAAGGAGCCUGUUGGUGGAUCAAAUGAGGCUUUACCUGGGGGCACCCAGACCCUAUUCAACAGAGGACACAGCUGUAAAGUGAGAACAAAGACCUGCUAUUUCUCAGGCAAUUUUAGACACACUGUGUUAAUACAGUACGUGACACAACGAGGGGCAGUCUUGGGAAAGGAGUUUGAACGGUAUCCUCUAAGUGGAAACUGUUUCAUUUAGGUCUAAAACUACUCACAAAUUUUGUAUUUCAUGAUAGACAUUUGAUGUUUUUGGAUGUUUUAUGACAUUCACGCAUUUCUUUGUAAUCAGAAAAUAUUAGGGUAUAAUCAUUCAUAUGUGUUUGUGUAUUACAAAGUACAGCAAAAUGAAUGUAUAUGUAGAUCCUCCCACUUUAAGUCAGAAAAGUCUAUAGCUCUUUACUCUCCCAUUCUGAGUCAAUAAAGCACUGAUAUCUACUAAAUUUUAACAGUAUUCUCUCUGGAGAAAUGUUGGUAUUUUUCAAUUUGAUGAAACAAUAAAAUCGCCAUGUCAUUUUCUUUGCUCUAAAACUGUCGGAAUGUAUUAAGUGCUUAUUGAUUAUAUUUCUUUCUUCUUCAACCUGGAUUAUAUUAUUUGCCUAAUUUUAAUCUUCCAUUUUAUAGGUUUCAAUUGAGCUUAUUUUUAAAAAAAUAGAUUUAUUAAAGUAGCAUUAACUUUCAAUAAGCUGCACAUA